UAUUCUUCAAAUCGCAAUCAUCCAAUGAAUUUAACUUCUUUGAAGUAAACAAAAACCCAAAAAUAUUCUCAUACUCUUGAUAUUGUUGAAACCUUCUUCGUAAAGAACCAAUAGCUUGAUCCACUAAAUACAAGAAAUAAUCAAGAAAGUACUUUUCUUGAAGGAGAAAACCUUUUUUAUUUUAUUUUUAAGAACGUUUGGGGCUCUAUCAUAUAAAUUCCUCCUUUGGUGUGGUUAAGUUAAGCUUCACGUUGCCUGUUUGUAAAAGGCUUUCUGUUUUUUUAUUUUAUUUAAAAUUUAUAGUUAUGUAAAGUUUGAACGCAAAAAUAAUAUCAAAAAAGGCUAGCCAGUAGAACGACCUCAAGGAGCAUCGAACUCGGGCCCUUUUGCCAAAGAGAGAUGCGCUCCAUCCAACUCCCCUGAACACGAUGUUGUGCAAAUAUCUAUACGCUAUACUAUAUAUACGAUUCAUAUAAUAUUAAUAUAUAUAUAAUAUAAAGAUUUUUUUUUUGGAGGCCCUUAAGAAUCGGGGGCCCUGUGCGGUGGCGCCAUUUGCACCACCCCAGGGCCGCCCCUGUGUGCGAUUGGUUUCGUGAUUACAGUUUGUUUAUUAUCUGUUUGACCUGUUUGAACUUUGAAUUUUGAUUGUACGCUGAUUAUUACUACUUUUAAUUAAUUGAAUUUGAUGCUUGAUUGUGGGCGGUGGGCUGAUGUUUAUGUUGAAUCUAUGCUGAAUCUGCUUUGAUUUGUUUGAUGUUGUAUCUUUGUUUGUGGCAUGUUUAAAAUUUGUGGAUAGCUUUUAAAAUUAGAUUGUUUGAGACUCUUCUAUAAUGGAAGAAGAACAAUCACAACGACAACUUUUGUUGAUCUCGAUCCUUCUCCAGCUGCUCUAAAACCCUGAGGGUCACAUGUAUUUAUCGUAAGGCAACUUUGCAUGUAACUCUCCAGGCAUGAAACCAUCUUAACAAUCAAUGUAAGAAGUAUUGGAGGAAUAACAAAAGAUCCCUACAUUUCAGUAAAAGGAGUCCGUCCUUUGGUAGUAAUCAUUUGGAGGCUUUCGGUUUUAGUAGAGACAUGUAGGAUGACAUGCUCUGAGAUGGUAAUCAUUGAUGAAUUAUUGAUUAUUUUUGUGGAGGGAGAGGGGAUUCAACACUUUGAUCUCAUCUCGCACAUGGACCAAGGGUUUACCUUAGCACUGCCACAUGAACUUCUAUUCAAAAUACAAACUACAUGGUUGUCAAUAUCACAUUUUAUCAACGUUUUAAAAAGUGAAAUGUUUAUGGUUUCGCUAGGCGUAAGCCUUUGAGUCGUAAGCUUAUCAAGACAUCUAUGAUUAUAAUUUAAAGAAUAAUAUAGAAGCUAUGUAAGUGUAUAUUAUACAUUUGGUGAUUAUUUUCUUUUGACAUUUAUUAUUAAUAUGUAAGUAUUAGCUCUUAUUUUGCAUAGUAUUAGUGUAUUACAACACUUAUUUAAUUUAUUAUUAGGUUUUUAUGUCUCUUAGAGUUUAAAAUAAUCAGCGUACAAUCAAAAUUCAAAGACCUUCUUUCCCUUAUUUAUUAUCUAGCGUAUAAUAAAUAUAAAUAAAAUAAAAACCUUCUUUCCCUUUCUGUUCUUCUGUUGAGAGUGGGGCCCACAUUGCGAACUGCUUAAACUCCCUAGACAGUACCAGGGCAUACAUUUGCCGCGUUCUGCAACAUAUUUACUGUAAAAACAAACUGUUUGUUUGGGGGGUUAACCGGGAGACGCAAAGAGAGACACUUUUGUCUUCAACUCUCUCUCUCUCUCUCUCUCUCUCUCUCUCUCUCUCUCAGAAACCCUAGGCUUCACCUCACAGAUUAUGGCAGAGAAUGACGGUAACAGUUGCAGUGUUGAAGACGAAGAACACACCAAUAACAACAACAAUGGUUGUGAUAAGGAAGAGGAAGAACUCUCAGUUCCCAGAGGUGGGCCCAUCUUCGUUCCCAAUCUGGUGGGCUCCCUCACGAGUGCCCCUUUGUUCCAGUCUUCUAUUGUUCAAGAGCUUCAGGAUUUAGAAUUUGAAGUAUCUUCAAGUUCAUCCCAAGUCUUAGACGAAGAUAUUUCGGUGGAUGAGCUCAAAAUCUUGACUGAGGAAGAGUUGGUGGAUAUCGCUAUCAAGGAAGCAUUUAAGGACAAUGAAGAUUCCCCCAGUCUUUCGCCUAUUCCAGCAGAGCCUUCGGAUGAAGGUAGAUCAAAGGAUCACGAGGCAUCAAAUGACGAAGCUUGUAAAAAGAAAUCAAGGAAGAGAAAACGAACGAAGGCAAGGAAUCAUGAUCUCGAGGAAACUUAUAUUGCAAAGGUGGAGCAUGUUAGAAGAAUCAAAGAGAAGCAAGAUGAAGACAAAGCUGCUGUGACACUGCAUUCGUUCAAUCCUAGUUCAAAGGUCAAUGAUUGUGCCAUUACAUCCUCAAGGACAAUUGAUAGGAUGAAACCCCUCAGAUCUGCAAGUUCAGCAGUGAAGGUAAAGUCAUCCAGCAUUCAGGGCUACGUACCUGUGCACUAUCCAGAAGUUGCUCUUUCCAUUGAGGUUUACCAUAAUGCGCGAAAAUGGGUGAAGAACCAAGAGUUCUUGGUCCUUGGACAACAAACCUUGACCGAACUGAGGGAUAAGAUCUACUGCUUAGCGGACCAUGUGAUGCAAAAGGCUAAGCAGCAUGACCCUUCAGGAUAUUUCCUUAUAGAAGAUACAUUGUGCAACGAUUUGAGGGAUCCCUCAGCAGUAGAUUAUAGUGAACCUAUAUUUGAUUGGCUUAAAAAUUCUAAAGACGAAGCUCUUAAAAAAUGGGAAUGGAUUGCAGCUGGAGGAUUGCAAACGAAGCAAAAAGCAGUUGUAGGUGAUGUUACGGGCUCACAAUUGCCUCAUUUCAGAGCCGUUGACAUGCACAAGACGCAGUUUUGUGACUUGAAAUUUCGACUUGGUGCUGGAUAUCUAUAUUGUCACCAGGGAGACUGCAGGCAUACAAUUGUAAUUAGAGACAUGAGAUUGAUUCAUCCACAGGAUGUACAAAACAGGGCAGCCUAUCCGAUACUCUUAUUUCAACUGAAGCCGCAUAUACGAAAAUGUUAUGUUUGUAAAAUAUUUAGAGCAACACAGGUGACUAUAGAUGACAAGUGGGCUCAGGAGAACCCCUGCUACUUCUGUGACAACUGCUAUUACCUUCUUCACUACAAGGAUGGUUGUUUGCUGUAUGAUGACUUUUCUGUACAUGAGUAUCGACAUGAUUAAUCAUUUUGUACGUAGAGAGUUUAGUUUCACCCGUAACUGGAAGUGGUACAAACAUAUCUGAGUCAUACCACCAUUAUGGAGUCAAUUCCUUCGCUUUGUAUAUGUUCGCUUUAACUACUUGAGUUACAAGUCUCUUGCGACUUAGAGUUUGCA